AUGGAGGCUGUGAUUGAGAAGGAAUGCAGCGCUCUCGGAGGCCUCUUCCAGACCAUCAUCAGCGACAUGAAGGGGAGCUACCCGGUUUGGGAAGAUUUCAUAAACAAAGCAGGAAAGCUGCAGUCCCAGCUCCGGACUACAGUAGUAGCAGCAGCUGCCUUCUUGGACGCCUUUCAGAAAGUGGCUGACAUGGCUACCAAUACACGUGGUGGCACGCGGGAGAUCGGAUCUGCGCUGACCCGGAUGUGCAUGCGGCACAGAAGCAUCGAGGCCAAGCUGAGGCAGUUCUCAAGCGCUUUGAUUGACUGUCUGAUAAACCCACUUCAAGAGCAGAUGGAGGAAUGGAAGAAAGUGGCGAAUCAGCUGGAUAAAGACCAUGCAAAAGAAUAUAAAAAAGCACGCCAAGAGAUAAAAAAGAAGUCCUCAGACACACUGAAGCUGCAGAAAAAAGCAAAAAAAGGGAGAGGGGACAUCCAGCCCCAGCUGGACAGCGCCCUCCAGGAUGUCAACGAUAAGUACCUUCUGUUGGAGGAAACGGAGAAGCAGGCUGUGCGUCGGGCGCUGAUUGAAGAGCGGGGCCGCUUCUGCACCUUCAUCUCCAUGCUGCGGCCCGUGAUUGAGGAAGAAAUUUCAAUGCUCGGGGAGAUUACACACCUUCAGACGAUUUCAGAGGAUCUGAAAACGCUGACCAUGGACCCUCACAAACUGCCCUCCUCAAGCGAACAGGUGAUCUUGGACCUGAAAGGCUCUGAUUACAGUUGGUCAUAUCAGACGCCUCCAUCGUCCCCCAACACUGCCAUGUCCCGGAAGUCCAGUGUCUGCAGCAGCCUGAACAGCGUUAACAGCAGUGACUCUCGGUCCAGCGGCUCCCAUUCUCACUCUCCCAGCUCGCAUUACCGCUACCGCAGCUCCAACCUGCCCCAGCAGGCGCCUGUGCGGCUGUCCAGCGUGUCCUCCCACGACUCAGGAUUUAUCUCCCAGGACGCCUUCCAGUCCAAGUCACCGUCCCCCAUGCCGCCAGAGGCCCCCACCCAGAACUCGUCCAGCUCGGCCUCCUCCGAAGCAUCCGAAACCUGCCAGUCAGUCAGCGAGUGCAGCUCCCCCACCUCAGUGAGCUCGGGCUCCACCAUGGGCGCCUGGGUGUCCACAGAGAAGUUGUCUAACGGGUUUUAUCACUAUAAUUUAUCAAGUGAGUCCCAUGUGGGGCCCGUGGGCACAGGCCUUUUCCCUCAUUGCCUGCCUGCCUCCCGCCUGCUCCCUCGGGUCACCUCUGCCCACCUUCCAGACUACGUUCAUUAUUACACCAUUGGGCCCGGCAUGUUCCCGUCAUCUCACAUCCCUAGCUGGAAGGACUGGGCUAAGCCUGGGCCCUACGACCAGCCUCUGGUGAACACCCUGCAACGCCGCAAAGAGAAGCGUGAGCCAGAGCCCAGCGGAGGAGGACCUGCUGCAAUAGCCGGUGCACCAGCAGCUGCUGAGGACGCCCAGAGGCCGCGGAGCAUGACUGUGUCGGCUGCCAGGCCUGGUGAGGAGAUGGAAACCUGCGAGGAGCUGGCCCUGGCCCUGAGCCGUGGCCUUCAGCUGGACACACAGAGGAGCAGCCGGGACUCGCUGCAGUGCUCCAGCGGCUACAGUACCCAGACCACCACCCCGUGCUGCUCAGAGGACACCAUCCCCUCCCAAGUUUCAGAUUAUGAUUAUUUCUCUGUAAGUGGUGACCAGGAGGCCGAUCAGCAGGAGUUUGACAAAUCUUCCACCAUCCCAAGGAACAGCGACAUCAGCCAGUCUUACCGACGGAUGUUCCAGGCCAAGCGCCCAGCCUCCACAGCCGGCCUCCCAACCACCCUCGGACCCGCCAUGGUCACCCCGGGGGUGGCGACCAUCCGACGGACCCCUUCUACCAAGCCCUCUGUCCGUCGGGGAACCAUCGGUGCAGGUCCCAUCCCCAUCAAGACACCGGUCAUCCCAGUGAAGACCCCAACCGUCCCAGACCUCCGCGGGGUGCUGCCAGCUCCCCCAGAUGGGCCAGAGGAGCGGGGUGAGCACAGCCCUGAGUCACCAUCGGUGGGGGAGGGCCCCACAGGGGUCACCAGCAUGCCCUCAGCCAUGUGGAGCGGCCGGGCCUCUGUGAACCCCCCGCUUCCAGGCCCGAGGCCGAGCAUCCCAGAGGAGCACAGACAGGCAAUUCCAGAAAGUGAGGCAGAAGACCAGGAAAGGGAGUCGCCCCAUGCCAUGGCCUCCCCAGGCCCCUCGCCGCCGGAGGGCGAGCCUGCAGACCUGAGCCCACGAGACACCCCCCAGGGAGAAGACAUGCUGAACGCCAUCCGCAGGGGCGUCAAGCUGAAGAAGACCACCACCAACGACCGCUCUGCCCCCCGCUUCUCCUAGGCCGCCAGGCUGGGACUCUUUAAUAACACCUAAUUUGUCUUGAUCCAUUCCAAUCUAUAAUCCAACAAGAUUUUGUAGGCAACUCAGAAUAUACAGCUUUUUGAAAAAUACUCCACACAUUUAGAUAAAGAAAAUUUAAAAGCAACUUAUGUAACUGACAUAACCCUGACCUUUU